AUGAAGGUUACACCAUUGAAUUCUUGUGCAAGGAUACGAUUUUUCACCAACUUAGCUUGCAGGUGUUUCCAUAUUAUUGUCAUGAUAUUUAUCGGAGCUGUCUGUAAUAAGAUAACGCAGUUUGAACUUUUAACUGAUUCUCAUCUUUAUUUCUUUGCCAAACUGAUUGGGAAGGGUUGGAGACCAGCUAUUCCUGUUAAGCAGGUUCUGAUCGGGAUCCAGGACUUGCUAGAUCAGCCAAAUCCUGCUGACCCUGCUCGCUAUAUCACCUUUUUAUCCAGGAUCCUACAGAAUAUAAGAGGCGUGUUAGACUGCAAGCGAAGCAGUAUCCCGCUUUGGUCUGAGAACUUCGCCCUAUUUUCUUCGUCCAUGUUGUCACCAGCAGCAUCACUCCUGGGAACCAAACAGAUCGACUCGCUGCUUGAAUUCAAGAGGGCGAUUGGUUUGGACCCACAGCAAGCAUUGGUUUCUUGGAAUGACAGCACUCAUUUCUGCAAUUGGGAAGGUGUCAUGUGCAAGACGAGGAGCCGUCGUGUCACUAAUUUUAACCUUGCAAAUCUGAGGUUUAGACGGGCAAAUAUCUGCUUCACUUGGAAACCUAACAUUUGA